CAUAUGUACCGAGUUGUGUAUGGCCGCCUUGUCAUAGUCCGUGCUACAAGCAACACGCACCUGCAGGCGAGGCAGGUCGAAAGCCACUCGCGCUCUCUUCAUGGACGAAGGAAUCGAGCAGCCCCUCGCAAAAAGGCAGCGGAGGGAGCUGUUCACCACCAAAGAAAAGUCUCGCACCAGCUCCAGACUGUUUGCGCCCUUCAGAACUCUAGGAUUGGUAUCGCCAACCACUGUUCCCUUCACCUCUGUUCCACUGGGCAAAACAACCUUCCAGAUCACCACCUCCAUCGGCGAGACGUUGCACACUUAUGACCUACGACGAGGCCUCAAUCUCGUGUUUCUCACUCGCCCUCAGUGUCCUGGCACGAUAACGGCUACCUAUGCCUACCGAGAUCGAGUCUUUGUGGCCUGGGGGGGAUCACAGGCCAACGAGCCCCGAGGGGUCUGGAUUUUCAAGAGAGGACAGCUGAUUGCAGAAUUGGACAUCGAUGACACCUACGUGCAAGAGAUCCGUCAACUCCUCGUUUUCGGCUCGUGGAUUGUGGGUUGUGGGCCCCAAAGCAUCGAAGUCUGGAAGACCGAUUCGCGCGAACACUACACCUCCAUCCUUUCCUCCUCUUCCUCAACCGACACCCGAUCCAGUGGAUCGUUUACGGGCCAAGUCUGUACUUUGCCAACAUUGUUGAACAAGGUCUUCGUGGGCACGAAAUAUGGGUCGGUGGAGAUCUACAACAUCAGCACAGGAAAGCUGGUUCACACCAUCCUCCCCCCCUCCGCACGCUCCGGUGCUGUUACGGCAAUUGCCCCAGCUCCUGCAGUCUGCUUGUUAGCCGUUGCGUAUGCUGACGGCUCCCUCAAUAUCACCGAUGUCGAAGCCGACGAACAAGUGUUGGAACUGCGCCUAGGAAGCAAGAAGCCGAUAACUUCAAUUACGUUCCGGACGGACGGUAUGGGCGCGGGCGAUGAUGGCCGGAAGGAAGGCAUCAUGGCUACAUCUAGCAUUGAAAGCGGCGACAUCACUCUGUGGGAUCUCAAUCGCGGCGGAAAGGUCGUUGGUGUGGUGCGAGGAGCCCAUGAAACUUCCAGUCUAGGCCGAGGCACUGGGGUGAACAAAGUCGAAUUCCUCGCAGGACAACCAGUCCUGGUCUCGUCCGGGUCGGACAACGCUCUCAAGUCAUGGGUCUUUGACCAGAAUCCUUUUUCUCCCAUUCCACGACUCCUCCACUCCAGGAGCGGGCAUGCUGCGUCUAUCACCAAACUCAUAUUCCUACCGGCGGCUUCAGAUGGAUCUGACGCUGCUGGGAAAUGGCUCAUGUCCGCCGCUCAGGACCGGAGUUUGUGGGGAUUCAGUCUGCGCAAAGACGGUCAAAGUACAGAGCUCAGUCAAGGCGCUGUCAAGCACAAAGCCCGAAAAUCAGGUCUCCUUACCGACGAUGCCUCCGCCGUGGAGGACUUCAAAGCGCCACAGAUUAUUGACAUGGCGUGUUCUCUGAAUCGAGACGGUGGAAUGGGCUCGGUUAGUGGUCCCAUUUGGUCCAAUACAAAAAAUGUCAACGCAGAAGAAAUUAGUACCACCGGCUGGGAAAGUGUCAUUACGGCACAUGCUGAUGACAAAUUCGCAAGAACAUGGUCAUGGGGUAGAAAGAAAGCAGGGAGAUGGGCUCUGGAAACGGGAGACCACAAGCCCGUAACCAGCGUUGCCAUCACUACUUGCGGGACAUUUGCAAUCGUUGGAUCCGCUGGGGGCAGCCUCGAUAUGUUCAACCUGCAGUCUGGCGCUCAUCGCCAGCGGUAUCCGCCUCGGCUGACACCUGCACAGUUGAAACAGUUGAAGCUACAACAAGCCGACCCAAAUCCAGUUCUCACUGCUCCUCGUGGCCAUCGGGACGCGAUCACGGGUAUUGUGGUCGACAAUCUGAACCAGACGAUGGUUACUACCAGCUUGGAUGGGUCAAUCAUCCUUUGGGAUUUUUCGUCCGGAAAAAUACUCGAGCGCAAAACACUUGAUUCUGCGGUGCCAACUGCAAUCCGAUACAAUCCCGUCUCCGGCCUUCUGGCGCUAUCCUGUGACGACCUAUGUAUACGCAUCGUUGACAUCGAAACACACAAAGUUGUGCGUGAGCUAUGGGGAUGCAUUGGUCAAAUAUAUGACUACUGCUUCUCACACGACGGGCGGUGGAUUACAGCUUGUUCAAUGGACUCAGUUAUUCGUGUCUUUGAUCUUGCUACAGGUCACUUGAUCGACGCAUUCAGGACAGCUGCAACAUGUACCAAUAUGGCAUUUUCCAGCACCGGUGAGUUUCUGGCCACUACGCAUGCCGGAAGCCCGGGAAUAUUCGUGUGGACGAACAAGACUCUCUUCAGUCACGUAUCCACUAGGCAGAUUGAUCAUGUUCAUGGAGUCAUUGACCUGAGCCAGACGGCUGCCGCGUUCAAUGCUGCCACUCAACUUGCCAUCGAAGAUGCAGCUUCGGAGGAGGAAACCAUCGUCGACGGGUUUGACGAUUCGUCGACAUUGGAGCAACUAGACAAGCGCCUGCUGACAUUGUCGCUCCAGCCUCAAUCGCGAUGGCAAACGCUGCUAAACCUCGACAGCAUUCGCUCGAGAAACAAACCUAUCCAGCCGCCAGAGAAGCCCAAAGCGGCGCCCUUUUUCUUAGGAUCGACCAGCCUCACCAACGGCAGCAAGACAGACAACGACACGUCCCUUGUCCCGGCCAAGGUCAUCGAAGAUUCUGAACGCUCACGCAUCUCACGCCUGGCGUCUACAAGCCAGGCACUCUCCUACCAUCCUCCACAACUCUCUUCCCUUCUCGAAGCCUUCUCUUCGUCGCCUUCACGAGAUCCUUCUCCUUUGACAGACCACCUCUCCUCUCUGACCCCCUCGGCCGCCGACUUGGAAAUCCGCUCCCUCGCACUCUCCGAAAUGCCUCUCUUCAUCGACUUCCUCACCCACCAGCUCCGCCAGAGAACAUCCUUUGAACUGGUGAACACGUGGAUGAGCGUGUUUUUGAGAGUGCACGGCGAUUUUGUCAACGAGGUGGACGACGUCAGGGAGAAGGUGGUGGAGUGGAGAAAGGCCAUGGUCGAAGAGGAGACGAGGCUAAGUGAGUUAGUCGGGUAUACGAGAGGCGUUGUCGAGUUCUUAAGGAGUGCGAGAUAAAAUGAAGAGCAUGUGUACGUUUUUCAGUGAGAGAUAGUACGUACACGAUUGACGAUGUACAUGAUGAUCAACAAUCAGAAAACAUCGGCCAUGAGAUGGCCAGGCUCAUCCCUCCCUCUCUUUGUCUAUUCUCUAUUACGUAGUCCAUUAAAAUGUCUUUUCUUGAGA